CGUUGAUGUAUGACUUCCUUUUUCGGGAGCAUCACCAAGCCGAACUGUUGACACUUUCGAGUUUCGGACUGUCAACAUGGCAACCGUUCCCUCGAUCCCGCAGUUUUACCAGGACAAAAGUGUGUUCAUCACCGGGGCCACUGGCUUUAUGGGUAAAGCUUUACUGGAAAAAUUGCUGAGGUCAUGUCCAGGUAUCCGUCGAGUGUACAUCCUCAUCAGACCUAAAAAGGGCAAAGAAGUCAGUCAGAGACUGGAGGAGCUGCUCAACUCUAAAAUUUUUGACCAUGUUAGUAAGGAACAGCCAAACUACAGGGACAAGGUGUACCCAGUAACCGGUGACAUUCUCCAUGACAACUUGGGUGUGUGUGAAUCAGACGAAAAGUGUCUCAUUAAUGACGUGUCUCUGGUAUUCCAUUCCGCAGCCACUGUCAAGUUUGAUGAACUAAUGAAACUUUCUGUAGAAAUGAAUGUUGUAGGUGUCAGUAGAAUGAUAACAUUCUGUAAAAAACUUCAAAACCUUAAGGCCUUUAUCCACGUGUCUACAGCAUAUGCCAACUGUAACCAGCCAAAGAACAUUGAGGAAAAGAUAUAUGAACCCCCUCUACACCCGCACAAAAUCCUGGACGCUGUUGACUGGAUGGACACUGACAUACUGAACGCCUUGACCCCUAAGAUGAUCGGUGACCGGCCAAACACCUACACAUACACCAAGUCUAUAGCUGAGUACUUGGUCAAGGAAGAAUGUGCAGACAUCCCAACCGCCAUCUUCCGUCCGUCCAUCGUUGGGGCCACCUGGGACGACCCUGUGCCUGGCUGGGUAGAUAACUACAAUGGGCCUACAGGACUUCUAGCAGCAAUCGGGUGUGGCUUGCUGCGGAUCAUGAAAGGAGACUCCCAUGCCACUGCAGACAUCAUCCCUGUAGACUUUACUGCCAAAAUGUUGAUAGCUACAGCCUGGUUCACAGUUGUACACAAACCAGAAAACUUGAGUGUUUAUCACUGCACAACAGGACAAAUCAACCGUUUUACAUGGGGUGAAAUGGAGAAACUGUCAUACAACUACCUGAUGAAGAACCCUGUUAACACAGUAGCCAGAGUUCCCUACCCAAGGUUUACAAAGAAUGUUAUCUGGCAUGACCUGAAUGUGGUGUUCGACCACCUCAUCCCAGCCUACCUUAUGGACUUCUACAUGUGGAUCUCAGGCAAACGACCAAUCUUUGUGAAGAUCCAGGAAAGGUUGAGGAAGUCUGUAGGUAGUCUGGACUACUUCACAUCCAAGGAGUGGAACUUCAACAAUGCUGGUCUCUACAAGAUGCUACAGGUUAUGACACCAGAGGACAAGAAGGAAUUCAACUUUGAUCCAAAGACAAUUAACUGGCCAGAAUAUAUGGAGGCAUACUGCCUUGGCACUAAGAAGUUUGUAUUGAAGGAGGAACUAGAGGAACUGCCAAAGGCUAGGAACACUCUCAAAAAGUUACAGAGAAUCAACAUGGCAUCCAAUGUUGUGUUAAUCAUUGUCAUUUGGCGACUUCUGUACAAUAGAGUACCCAUCGCCAAGUCACUCUGGAACUUCCUCAUCGGAUGGGCUAUCAAGAUCUUCAGACGCUUACCUGCAAUGAUUAAGUCAUCAUAGAGGUCAACAUGUCACUAUUAGAGGUUAAAAACUUAACAAGUUAGUGGGUUACCAGAUGGGUAAUCAGCUGGAGAUGAACAAUUCGUAUCUGAACCUGGGUAGAAAAGCCACUUUCAGAAGUCUUAUGAUCAACAAGUCAUUAAAAAUUUAUAACAUACCUAUAAGCGACCACUUGACCACCUGCGAGGGUCCAAUGUCCUGUGUAGUAGCUGUGUAGUUGUUGGCAUUAUUGAAGCCAUUAGAGAUCACCAGUUAGGGUUUGCAUUUUUGUGUUAUAAAUGUUACAGGAAUUUCUACAAUGUUAAAUAGAAAUUCCUUGAAUUUUUUUAAUUUUUUUUUUAACACACUCUCUAUUAUGGUUACUCUUCUAAAUGGCUUUGUCAUAUAUCUGAAAGAGUUUUGAGACCCCUUGUCCAUAGUCCAUUUUAAAACUCAUCAACUGAUGAACCACUUACAGAUCAAUGUACUUAUAGUUACACAAGAAUCAUGUAACACUACAAAAUUUUGAGGAUUCAGUGACUUAAUAGAUAUAUAGUUCACUACUUGGUGAAAAGAAAAUGACAAACUAAUACAAUGUUAUUAUAUGUUAUGUUUUAUCAGACAGUUUUCACUGUGUCGGUAUGUGUAGUUGUGUUGUACUUUGUAAUAAUUAAUGAAAAUUAUAUGAAGAUCAAAUUAUUUAUUUUAUAUAUAUAUAAGUAGCCUAUACAUAAGAUAUUCCCUACAUUGUGUCUUGUUGGACGGUUUUGUGUAUUAAACAUCCCUGUUACUGUUUUUAUACACAUAAUAAGGCAUUGUUUGGUUAGCUGGGCAUUUACAACAUCUUAUCGAAAACAGGAGAACACUUCCUUACUAUUUCACUUGUAUUCAGCUUACUUUCUGUUCAUGUGUUUCAUGUGAAGACGAGAUGUCACAUAUCAAAAUUAUGGAGUUAUUUUCUUUUGCAACAAUUUUUCAGGAACAUAACUGAUAUAUUAAAAAAAAAAAAAAGGUGGCAUAUACAUUGUAUGGGUGGUCGGAUGGCAAAGUGGUAACACAAUGGCCUUUCACUUAGGAGGUUAGAGGUCACCUGCCUGAUGGCCUUUCACUUAGGAGGUUAGGGGUCACCUGCCUGAUGGCCUUUCACUUAGGAGGUUAGGGGUCACCUGCCUGAUGGCCUUUCACUUAGGAGGUUAGGGGUCACCUGCCUGAUGGCCUUUCACUUAGGAGGUUAGAGGUCACCUGCCUGACCCAUGGGUUUUCUCUAGGUACUCUGGUUUCUUCCCACACAAAGACCCCAUGCACACUUCCAUCCAAGCCAACAAGAGGGAUUAUUUUAAGCUGAUAUAACCAGUCUUUGUUUGUCAUGCAAUUGAGUCCAUAUUUUCUCCACAAUGAAAUAUGUGAUUUAUCCUCACAAAGCGCUAUAAUUAUGUAUAAACAGAUUGUUGUUUUACAAUAUUUUAAGACGGGUGUUUAAUAUGUUCAUAUUUUAAUUGUUUCUUAAUUAUUACCUGUAUUUGUUUAUUUGUGAUGUGUUUACAUGUAUACAUGUAGAUUUAUACAGGUUUUGCAUAAUUCAAAUGCUAUAUACAAUCUAAUAUAUAAUUUAUGAUGUACUGUAUAUUUACAAUUGUGUCCAGUUUCUGAUGAUAAACUGUACUUAUAGGCACAGGUUUCACCAACGUUCAAGGUUAAUUUCUUACCUAAGAUUGCCCUAGGAAAGCAUUAUUGAGUUUAAGUAAAAAAACUGAGAUAAGGAAUUGUCCUUGCGUAUGCUUCGGUAUUUUUUGUGUUUAUACAUCUAGUACAUUUUGUAUCUGAUAUUUAAGGUUGUCUUUACAUUAAACUCAACACUUAUUACCUAUUCAUUACUUGCCUGAGAAAGAAACAUCUAUAUUAAUGGUCAAGUAUAGUUUUGUUGAUUCGGUAGUUGUGUGGCUUUAGCAAGGACAAUCUUUUCCUUCCUAUGUCACCUAACACAUUAACUUGUUACGUUUAUAUGUAUCACAGAAAUGUAAAAUAACACACACCAAAACGUUUAUAUAUAUCACAGAAAUGUAAAAUAACACACACCAAAACUCUAUACAGCCAAAGCCAUAUACAUCCAUUACUUUUGUAAACCAAAGUUCUUGCGUUCCUUUCAUCUUGUGCAUAUUUUCAUCUAUUUGUUAAAUAUCAAAUCUGAUUACUGGCCUUAUAGGAUUAGUUUAAAUUGAUCUAUAACUUGUGAAGUGCCCUGUUUCUUGUUUCAUUGAUGUAGUUACUGUAUCUUUCCGGCAGUGCGCACCACGCCUUGUAAUAAGCCCACCUAUAUGUCUAUUGCAGUUCAGUAAAAAAAAAAAUAUAUAUAUAUUUUUCCUGUUAUAAACUCCACUCGGACAUUGACACAAUAUAUUUAAACAUCAAAUACAAACUGACAGAAUUUUAAUUUUUGUGUCCUUUAUGAUUGAAAACUCAAAUAACAUUUUGUAGUGCUAAUUAACAGUGUAGAUGAAUUAUCAUUUUCAGAGCAAACUCCUUUUUCAAAAUGUAAAAUGAUGAUAAUCAAAAGCAAGCGAAAAUACCUAUUAAUAUUAUCUCAAAUUGUAUUAAUGAUAAUGAUAUCAAAUUCAAGGUGAACCUAAAACUGACGUUCAAGCAUAAAACCACCACCAGAUGGUUACAUUUUUAUCGGCGUUAAUUUUGAUUUAUUCUAGGGGAAAUUAAUUCGGAAAUCUAGUUUGCACAUAAAUCUCUGAAAUAGGAAUAAGCAUGUAUUGACAAACUUUAAGAUAUGGUUUUUAUGCCGUUUUUCCUCAAUGGAAUAUGUCUUAAAUAUCCAAAUCCCAAAUAUAUCAAUGUCUUUUACAACACUUUUUCUACCAGCAAAGGGCGAUGUAGUGGUAACAUUUGACAGCGGAAACUGUUGUAUGAAUAUUGGUUUGAACAUAGAUCAUUAUUAUUCUAAUUUUUAAACUGGUUUUUGUAUUAAAUAUUGUGAUCAAGAUUUUGUAUGUGUUCCCUUUUGUUUUGUGAUUAUGAAUUACAGCAUUAUGAUCAUAUUUUUUGGUAUAAUUUGUAAUUUACAUUUUUUAUGAUCUCUGUUGUAUUGAAACACACAUCAUAAUAUACUUAUCAAAUUGUGGGUUGGAUAAGCAUUAUUAUGAAAUAAUUUUAUGCAUCGCAUUAUUUAGAUUUAUUUGAAGUUAUCCGAGGUGCUAUCUUAAAUAUGUUUACACAAACAAUCAAUAUAUUUAGCAACAUACAAAAUAGGACAUGUAUAAUUUAAACAAUCAAAAAUACAUUUCAAGCUUUGAUAUCUUCGAUUUUAUAACCAAUUUCAACAGUGGCACUGUAUCAAAAUUUGUUGGCGAAUGUCAAUUUGUAUUUGGAUCUUGUAAACAUCAGAAAGUUUUUAAGAGCCAUAGAAUGAACUAUAAAGGGGUUCCAUCAUGUUGUAAUUCCAGUUUCUUUAUUUUAAUACAUAGUGGUGUCACGAUUCACCGAUGCAUCGAUGUAUUGUAUCGAUGUGGUGCAUCGAUGCAUCGUCUAUCCUUGAUUUGUAUCUCGAUACUUGAAAAUGUGUAGUUAUCUCCCUUGACCAAUGUUAGCCUAUGUUUUGUAGUAAAAAAACAUGGCUGACAAGGCCGUUCCAGCUGCUUAUAAAGCUGCCUGUUGGAGUUCUUUCAAAUCAAAAUUAUCUGAAUUCAAGAACGUUUUGUGGGACUUUAAUAUUCUAGAAAUACCACAAACAAAACAUGACAUACUGUACGAUGGAAUAUCAAUAUAUCGCGAUACAUAUCGCAUCGUGACCCCUGUAUCGCGAUACGAUUUAUAUUGCUACCCACUUUGCGAUACACAGCUCUUAUAAUACACAAUUGUACUUUUCUGUAUAAGUGUUUUACAUAGAUCUCUUACUGUCAUGCAUUUCAUAUGAUAUUUAAAGCUGAUGAAAACUUAAACAUUUGAAAACAAAAUAGAAUUUUAAAAAGAAAAAUUACCAUAAGUGCAGUGAUGUGGGAUUUACUGGUGUUGCUAUCAAAAAUAACUACAAAUGCAUGCAAUUAAAACGAAAGAUAGAUACUUUUACAGCAACUCUUAAGCUGAAAAAAUCAUGUUUGUAGUUUUAUCGUCCCUAUAUAAGGGAGAUAACUGAAAGUAAAAACAAAAGAUGGCUCAAAAGAGGAAUUCUUUUGUUCAGUUUCAUCAAUGUUUAUGGUCUUUUAUAUAUCUUCUAGUCAAGAUAAACAUCUACACAAUAUUUGAUAACUGUGUUUAAAAUACUUUUAUUGCCACAUUUGCAGGUCUGUUCUUGUUUAUAUAUGGCGGGGAUGACAUAGGAUGGCCUGGGCGUGACAGGGACAUUUGUGUAAAAAUAUGGAUUAUUUCUGUAACUUUAAAUGUUCACCACUUUCAAUGUCUUUCAUACAAACUUGAUGUUGUGAUUAUUAGUUGAAAUUGUUUUUUUCAGAACAUGGUGAAUAAAAAUUAUGAAAUAAACAAA